GCUCCGGCUGCGCAGGAACAGCUGGUGCCUCUGAAGGCGGCCGGCGGGCGGGCAGGCGUGGGGUGCUGGUGGCUGGCGGGGCCACGCUGCGGGAGCAGCCGCGGCCGCCGCCGCCUUGCACCACUGCACCAUGUCGGGGCAGCUGGAGUGCUGCGAGCGCGAGUGGCACGAGCUGGAGGGGGAAUUUCAGGAACUGCAGGAGACCCACAGGACCUACAGGCAGAAGCUGGAGGAGCUGACGGCCCUGCAGGCCUUGUGCAGCGGUUCCAUCCACAAGCAGAAGAGGCGCCUCAAGGACUUGAAGCACGCGCUUCAGAGGUAUAAGCGCCAUGCCAGCCAGGAGGAGGCAGAGCUGGCCCAGCAGAUGAGUGCCCACAUCAAGGAGCGGCAGAACGUCUUCUUUGACAUGGAGGCCUACCUGCCCAAGAAGAACGGGCUCUACUUGAAUCUGGUCCUUGGCAAUGUGAACGUGACCCUCCUCAGCAACCAGGCCAAGUUUGCCUACAAGGACGAGUAUGAGAAGUUCAAGCUCUACCUGACGAUAAUCCUGCUCCUGGGUGCUGUGGCCUGUCGCUUUGUCCUUCACUACAGGGUGACGGAUGAAGUUUUUAACUUCCUGCUGGUGUGGUAUUACUGCACCCUGACGAUCCGGGAGAGUAUUCUCAUCAGCAACGGCUCGAGAAUUAAAGGCUGGUGGGUGUCUCACCAUUACGUCUCUACGUUCCUGUCGGGGGUGAUGCUGACGUGGCCUAAUGGACUAAUUUAUCAGAAGUUCCGCAAUCAGUUAGCAUUCUCAAUUUUUCAGAGCUGCGUCCAGUUCCUACAGUAUUAUUACCAGAGGGGCUGCCUCUACCGCUUGCGAGCCCUGGGUGAGAGGAAUCACCUGGACCUCACGGUGGAAGGGUUCCAGUCCUGGAUGUGGCGGGGCCUCACCUUCCUCCUGCCUUUCCUCUUCUGUGGCCACUUCUGGCAGCUCUACAACGCUGUCACGCUGUUUGAGCUCUCCAGCCAUGAAGAAUGCAGAGAAUGGCAGGUGUUCGUGCUGGCGCUCACCUUCCUCGUCCUCUUCCUUGGCAAUUUCCUGACCACACUCAAGGUCGUGCACGCCAAACUCCAGAAAAACAGAAACAAGACGAAGAAGCCAUGAGCCUUGGACUUGACUGCAUGCAAGGUUGUGUGCGCCAAAUUCCAGAAGAGCAGCAAUGAGAUGAAGAGGCCGUGAGCCUCUCGACCUUUGUGCCCUUGGGGUCCCGGACUUUGAGACUGCUGGGGAUUCCCGUUGGCACCCUGGGUGCUGGUCACUGGUGGCCAAGGGCAGUAGCAACUCAGGGGCCAGGGGCAUUGCUGGGAGCAGGGCCGAGACCUCCCACUCCCAGCAGGACAUGAGGAAUGUGAAGCCCACCUGUCCGCAGUGUUAGCCUCCCUAUUUAUGACAUAUUUAAUACCGGUCCUUCCAGCUUCCCUGGAAUCUGAGGCCUUCCCCGCUGCUCUUCCAAGGGGAGGGGCCCAAGUCCUCAGGGAGACCCUUUGUCCCCACUCCCGUCAUUUGAACGCCUCACGAAGGGGUUUGGAUGUGCCUCGCAGGGGUCGGACUCAGGCUGACUUGCUGCUUACCGCACCCGGGCGCAGGGUGGAAUGGAACCUUCCAGCAUCCUGUGGAGCCCCCUCCCCUGGGCCCCGGCUGCCCCUGCUGUAAGCCCCCUCCACAGCCCCUGACCUCAGUGGUGGGGGAUUAUUUAAGUUCUCAGAGAACCACUGCCUGUGUUUGCCUCAUGUUCUUUGUGCUUCCUGAGUCACCUGCCUGCUGGCCCUUGGGAAAGUGGCGUUGCCUUCCUGGGACCUGCUUGGAGUCACUGGGAGGCUGGCCCUAAGGUGGGAGGGUUUAAGGAGUUGGCCAGCAGAGGGCAGCCCAGCCUCUGGUUGUUGGGUGCCCAGGUGGUUGAUACUGGAAGUACCCAUCCCUCCCACCACCCCUCCCUUCAGCCCACCUUCCAGAACGUGCCCCAAGUACUUGGAGUAGGAGCCACCCGCUCAGUGCUGGCUAGGACUUAGGCCAUCUUGGAGACUGCCCCUUCCCCACCUCUCUCCACCUUAGAGGUUCUGUAAUGUGUGGGCAGGAGGGGACAGUAGGCUCACUACCAGAGGCCAGCCUGUAGUAGGGAGGGUGGAGGAGCCAACAGGUUCAGUCGAACGUCCUGCCCCUUCCCCCUGUGCACAGGCCUCAGCUGACUAUUUCCCUAAACACCCACCCAGACCAGACUCACAGCUGGGACCCGCGGACUCGGUCUGGCUUUCAGAGGUGUGUGUCUGUGUGUGUCGGGGUUAAACCCAGGGCCUCACACGGGCAGCGUAGCCACAUCCCCAGCCCUUUUUUUCAUUUUGUGUCACAGUCUGGCUAAGGUGCCCAGGAUGGCCUCAAA